UGCAUUUGCAUUGUACACAACGUGUUCAGCUCAUGCAGGUCACAUGUUAGUGUCUGAAGAUGUUUGUUGAGUGUUGUUGGUGAAUCAGGCUCCUCCUUCUAUUGCAGGUUUAACAGGAAAAAUUUAACUAGGGAACAGGAACUAAAUACAGUAAAUCAACAGCUUCUGUUCUCUCCAGUUUUUCAUUUGACCAAAUCCUUAACGUUUCAUUUAAAGAGUGGUUUAUUAACGUUUUGUACUGUAUUUGUUUUCUAAGAAGCAUUAUUCUUUAUUUAAUUCACUAAAGAUGGCAGAAAAACCUUCUUCACCCACAGAGAUAUUUAAGUGUACCUUUAAUUCAGAUGAUCCAGUGAUCCGGAUUCUUCUGAUGGGCAGGAAGGGUUCUGGGAAAAGUUCAUCUGGAAACAAUAUACUGGGAGAAAGAAAGUUUGAAGUGAAGAAACAUGAGUCUGAAGUGUGUGAGGGUAAAACACAGAUCGGAGAGAAGCAGGUUCAUGUGAUUGACUGUCCAGAUCUACUGGAUCCAGAUCUGAAUAAAGAGAAGCUGGAGAUGAUGAAAGAGCAGCUGGUCUCUGGAUGUUCAGCAGGUCUCAGUUCAGUCCUGCUCACCGUUCCUCUAGAGGAACCUGUGGGAAAUGAGGAAGAGAUCCUGGAUUCCAUUAAGAAUUUAUUUGGUCCUGAAGUUCAGAAGUACAUCAUGAUUCUGUUCACACAUGAAGAUGAGCUGGAGGAUCUUGAUGAACCACAGACCAUUGAUGAAUAUCUACAAAACCAUCCAGAUCUACAGAGACUGGUGACAGAAUGUGGAGGAAAGUUUCACUGUUUCAAUAACAAAUGUGAAUCAGAUGGUCAGAGACAAGAACUACUGCAGAAGAUUGAAGAAAUAAUGGAGAAGGGCAGGACAUUUCUCAAGGAACAAAUUAUAAGGAGUGACAGCAUGGAGACUGGUGUUAAUUGUAAGAUGAUUGGUGGUUGUUGUUGUAAAUUAAUUCAGUAAAGGCUGAUUUAUAGUUCUGCGUCGAGUGUACCCUGUAGCAAGUGUAAAUGAAAAGAGAUGCAUAGCAUACGGAGCAGAGGCUCUAGUGUAGGUCCGACACAAGAAUAUAAAUCAGCCUUGAUACAUGUAAGCUAUUUGUUAAAUGCAAGGUACUUAUAUUUGUCAUGAUUAAUUAAUCUACAAAUGUAUUUAAUGUAAUAGUAUUUUAUUGAGACUAUUGACAUAUAAGUAAACAGCACAUUGAUCUAAGCAUCUUGAUGGUCAUGUUCCCACAGUGAGAACAUGAACCAACCACGAAAGCCGCCUCAGCUUGCUGGAAGCCCAAACACAUGAGACAGCGAUCAUGGCCGUCGAGAGGAGCCAUAUAACGACUGCACCCAGAAACACACGGGCGGUAUGACAUCUUUAAAAAUACGUGACCUUUAAAACCCGUAAGCUCUUUUAGGAAACACUAUUUUAGUACUGAAGCGCUCAGGAGAAGCAGGCAAGGCAGGACACUGGAAUCCGCUGAAACGCGCCGUCACACCAGUACUGAAGAAACUCGUCUUCAAGAACACUCCGGUGAAGGCAACGAUGUGCUUGGCUCCGAAGCGAAAGCUUGAAUGCAAGUUGCUUGCGCUGCUACUUAUAUACCCACAGAGUGGGGUGGAGCUUGCGCAUGCAAAUUCCGCAGACCAAGAUACUCUUCGUAUCAUUGGCUCGUUUUGUUAACACUCGAAGGUGAUUGGGCUCUCGGGCGAGACCCCAUUUUGUCAGUCUCUGACGUAAUGUCAAAGUGACUGACUGAAAGGGAACUUUAAAUUUAACACCCUGCUGGUGCUAACCAUAUAAACACAGAGUGGUGUUAAUUUAACACUGGGGAUUUUGCAGUGAGCAUAAUGCAACACAACAUGAAAUAAAACAACACACUGGAAUGUACUACAAAUAUAUCAGAAACACUGCAGAUUAAAUAAACUGCUAAACCAAAAUGACUACAAGUAGCAUCAACUACAAGUAAUUUGAUCCUGCUUCAAUCUGACCUGGACUGAGAUGUCUUAAUUCCCAGAUUCCCAGUUCGUCGGUUCACUUGACAUGACGGGAACUAGUAAAACACACUGCUCUUUGAAAAAUGCAUUUGAUUUUACAGCAAAAAUAAUUUGUUAGAUUUUUAAAAUAAUGUUUUGUUUAUUUUUUUAUUUUGAUACCAGAUGCCCUUUUUCCCCUUUAAGGGAAUUUAUUUGUUCUACAACAGACCAAACUAGCCUUAAAGGUGCCCUUGAUUCAAAAAUUGAAUUUAUCUUGGCAUAGUUAAAUAACAAGAGUUCAGUACAUGGAAAAGACAUACAGUGAGUUUCAA